UGUGCCAGGCCUUGGCGCAUCUCAACAAUGUUAAUACCAACGACCAACUUGACCCUGCAACUAUCAAACACUCAUCGACAAUGCCAAAGGCUCGCGUUCGUGUAGUAGAAGGCUCAUGCUGGCCCUGCAAAAAGCGCCGAAUCAAAUGCGAUCUCGCAAAACCAACAUGUUCGCGCUGCGCCAAAGUUGGCGCUGCAUGCGAUUACAACGAACGCCUCAUCCGUUGGAGUACACGACCUGCUGUGACAGUACCGGCGAUUUAUCAAGUUACUACGCGCGAUGAGCAACUCGCUUCAUCACUAGCAGUUUAUGAGAAACGCUCGUUGGAUUACUUCCAUGGGAGAUUCUGGCCUCUGUUAACGACUGCUUCGAAGCCUUGUGCGCCGCCGACUUUUGUAGCGCUGCAGCAUCGUGUUGUGUUACUUGCGACGUGUGUUCUUGCUGAUUCGCAUCGGUGGUUGCAGGAUGGACGCAAUAGUCGGAGUAUUCUGAACGUUAAGAGGAUGGAGUGUUUGGCUGCGCUGAGGGAAGAGGUCGAUGGGUGCUGCUCGAAAGAAGAUGGGCCGUUGCAGACGUUGUUGUUUGCGGUGUUGUUGCUCUAUUUCCAUGAUGGAUUUCUUGAAUGUGCGCAAUCAUCGGCAUCGACGUCAAGUCACAGAGACGGGGUGUUGGCUAUCGUCAAUCAACUCGGCGGUAUGACUGCGGUACUAGGCACAGGGCAGGAUCCGCUUCACAUGAUGCUAUCGGAAUUUGCGACGACGGAUCUCACAAGCGCUAUGCUCACGGGAAAACCACCGUCGUUUCCACCGGCUAUUUGGGAGGUCGUUGACCGAGGACCUGUCUGGUGGGGACGAGAUACACAAGGCUAUUGUUCACUAUCAACGGUCUUUCAGCAGAUUUCGAGUAUGGCGCUUUAUCUUGAUGCGACGACGCGAAUGAUCGAAGAGUUCUCGAUUGAGAGGAUACGCAUCUUUGAAGCGGCUCUUCGACCAACGUACGCUUCAUUGGCUAUUGAGGACUUGACGUCUCCUCGUUCGUCACCUGUUGAUACAUCAUCGACCGAAUGCGACACAGAAUCAGCGCAAGCCUUCAGCCUCGUAAGAAUAUUCCAGCACGCCGCACUAAUCUAUCUAUACCGAGCUGUGUGCGGUCUACCAGCAAACCAUGCCCUGGUGCAACAACAUACACAAUCUUGUCUCGACUGCAUCUUCAGCAUUCAGAAACCAUCCAAAAUUCUCAACUGCGCUGUACUGCCCAUCUGCAUAGCAGGAGCGCACUCACAAUGUCCGAAGCAACAGAGACUUGUGCGAGGUCUAGCUGGAUUUAUUUAUGAUGAGAUACGAUUUGCUUCAGUUCACUCGGUCAUUGCGGUGUUGGAGGAUAUUUGGAAACGUGCCCUGGAGGAGGACAUGACAUGGAAUCAGAUGUUUGCGAACUUGAAUCCUCAGGCUAUCAUCCUCUGAGCUCGUGUAUAUUACUGGCGUUGAAGGCGGGUUUUACAUGGGGGAUUUGGGUUUAUGAGCAAGGGCUUGUGUUGUGUUGCCCAUGUGGCAGACGACAAGCUUUCAUGAUUGGUCUUGCUUGCGGGACGUGUACAGAUUUAUUGGUUAGUGUCAUCUCAUCAUUUUCAACAACUUAAUAUCUAGACUCUCACCAGUCAACUGGGGCCAUUGUUAUAACG